GCAGUGUCAUUUGCAAGGAAGUGUUGGACUGUGUACUCAGACUCAGCUACUACUUGAGACAACAUAUUCUACACAGUUAAAAUUAAUCUUGGAGGACAAAAACGAGAUGUGGAUUUUAUGAAAGAUGGCGUUUGGCAGAGUGUGAAAGAAUGACUGAGAGUGCAUCCACAGCAAUGGAUAUCAUGGAGGCAGAUGAGGAGUUUUUUGAUGCCUCGGAUCACUUCCCCGAAUUUUGCCGUGAAGAAGGAGACUCUCAUGUCGCUGAAGACUGCAGCACGGUAGACGUUGAGGGACUGAAACCUGGGACUGAGUAUCUUUUAAACAUCACAAGGAUCACAGAAAGUGGACAUCAAAGUGAAGCUGCAUCUGUAUUUGUAUUUACAGAACCAGUUGAUCCAGUUGAAGUGACAGUCUCUAAUAUCAGCACAGAGUCUCUGUCUCUGCAGUGGGACUCUCCUGCUGCUGAAGUGGAAACUUUCAUUGUAACAUGUUGCACCGAGGGAGAAACUGUGGAGGAGUUGACGACAGACGCAAACUGUGUGACGUUUAGUAACUUGAGACCAGGGGUGUGUUACUCCCUCAAUGUUUCCGUACAGCUGAAAAAUGGAGCAAGAAGCACACCAGCUGGAAUAUCUGCCAAGACAAAGACAGACCUGGAGAUUUUGCUGGAGGAUCUGGGGUUGGACCGGUGCUAUAGAGAGAAGUGGUCGCUCAGCAAGAUACUUGAGAUUGAAGAGAAGACCAUCAGUGAUGAAGAUGUAAAGUGUAAAUCAGACAUUCCCUGGUAUUUUCUAAAGAAACUGAUGAUGGUUAAUGUGACAGCUAGGAAUGCAAAAUAUACAUUAGUGUGUGACUCAAACUGUGAUGAUGCAUCAGAGAGUAAAAAGUUAGAUCUUAAAAAUCUGGUCAGGGGUCCAACUUCAGAUCAUAUUUCCAACCCUCUUGACAUAAUCACUGCUCUCUUUCUGUGUUCUGAUGGUUUUGUACAACAAGAAAUGGCACUAAAAAUGUCAAUGUGUCAGUUCUCUGUACCUCUGUUGCUUCCCAACUGUGACACAACACAGUGUACACUCAUGCUGUGGGCCAUGAGAGACAUUGUGAAAAAGUACAGACCUCAACAUCUUUUAGAAUCCAAAGGCUUCAUUGAAGAAAGAAUUGUUCAUUCUCAACUUCCAAUGAUCUCUUUUGUGAGACUGGGUGAAUGCUCCUUGUCCAAGUCAGAGAUCCUCAACAAGCUUCUGAGCAGUUCUCAGCAGUACCAUGACACCUUUGUUCAUCACAACAUGGAGUGUGGAGACAAUCCAAGAAAAAUAUCCAAUGGACUGACUGAAAUUACCUGGUACCUUCCUUGUGGAAACCAGAACAUGGACAUUUUUGUUGAGCCAGUUGCUAUAGCUAACCUUCAUGGUGACAUUGCUUCAUUUGAAACACAAUUCUCCUUUCUAUGUCAGACUUCUGCAGCAGUGUUUGUGUUCUUUGAUGAUUUGAACUCUGGAUGCAAACUACUGACCCACCAAAUCUACAAAGCACAGAUCUUUUUGGUUGGCAACCAUCAGAGCAAGAACUUCAGUUUAGAAGAUUUGGAGAGAAUAGCAACUGAAUUGUGCUUGACAAACAAAAACAUUAUUUUGAAGACAAAGACCAUGAAUGAUGCCGACUUUGUCAAAUGUUUGAGAAAAUCAGUCAGUGAUGCAGCUGAAAAUCCACAAAUGAAGAUGUCAGUAGAGCAGAUGGCUGAUGUGGCUCAUGAACUGGGAAUAUUGGUGGAUGAAGAUUCUCCAGAGUGUCAGGCUGGAAAGCAAAAAGCAGAUGCCAUCACUGAAGACAUUCAAGACAUCCUUAAAUACAAAGAAGAUCAGCUUCCCUUGCAAGGAGAAAUAUGGAAGGAACUGACGUUCUUGGAGAAGGAAGAAUUUCGACUUAGAAAGAUUGGGUCUGAAAACAUAGAGCAGUACAAGAGUGAUCUUCAGGUGCAGAAAGAAGAACUGAGGAAGAAGCAGAACUCUUAUGACAUGUCAGCAGCUAUGACUUGCUUCAUUGAUGCCAUAUCCAGCUCAAGAACAGAGAGGUGUUAUUUCCUGAAAUGGAUGCGAAUGAACCUCGAUAACUUGUCUUGUAGAAAACUGUCUGGACUCAGGGAGCUGUACAAAGAGAAGAGUAAAGGUUCUGAGAACACAGAUGAGAUCAAGAAUAUAGACAGACAACUUUCCAACAGCUCACUGGGAACUGAACACUUCUUCCGUGAAAUGGGUCAGAUCUACGAAGCUUCAGUUUCCCUUCCAGAAACAGACUUAUCACGUAAACAGUUGCAGCAUCUGCCCAAACUCUGUGCACAGCUGUUACUUGAUGGAUUUCCUCUUGAGCUUGUAGAUGGAGAUGCUUCCAACAUACCUCUCAGAUGGGUGAGUGAUGUUCUCUCUCAGCUCAAUGACUUGGUGUCUCCAAAGAACAAGAUCAAGGUUGUCACAGUGCUUGGAGUUCAGAGCACAGGAAAGUCCACUCUCCUUAACACCAUGUUUGGAGUUCAGUUUGCAGUCAGCAGUGGUCGAUGCACUCGAGGUGCCUUCAUGCUGCUCAUCAAAGUCAAUGAAGACGUCAAAAAAGAUCUCAACUGUGACUUCAUGGUGAUCAUCGACACUGAGGGCUUAAAGUCACCAGAGCUGGCACAGCUGGACAACAGCCAUGAACAUGACAAUGAGCUUGCUACACUUGUCGUGGGGCUGAGUGAUAUCACCAUUAUCAAUAUUGCAAUGGAGAAUUCAACAGAAAUGAAGGACAUCCUGCAGAUAGUGGUGCAUGCUUUCCUCAGGAUGAAGGAGGUGGGAAAAAAGCCCAAAUGUCAGUUUGUUCACCAGAACGUUUCUGAUGUUUCAGCCCAUGAGAAGAACCUGAGAGACAGGAAACUGCUCUUGCAACAGUUGAAUGAGAUGACCCAGGCAGCAGCUAAAAUGGAAAAGAAAGAGGAGAACAAGAGCUUCACUGAUGUGAUGGAGUACAAUCCAAACACUGGGAACUGCUACGUUCCUGGACUCUGGAAUGGAAACCCACCAAUGGCACCAGUCAACGCAGGAUACAGUGAGGCUGUUUAUGAGCUCAAGAAAAACAUCCUCCAUCUACUGGGAGAGAGUGAAGCAUCUGCUAAUAAGAUCUUGGAGUUUAGAGAGUGGAUGACCAGUCUGUGGAAUGCAGUAAAACAUGAAAACUUCAUCUUCAGCUUCAGAAACAGCCUCGUAGCUGAUGCAUACAUGAGACUCUGCACAGAGUUCAACAAAUGGGAGUGGGAGUUCAAGAAAGAAACAUACACCUGGGUUACCAAAGCAGAGACGAGAAUCUCUAAUUUUGGUACAGUUGCUGCAAAAUCUGCAACAUCUGACAUGACACAACUCCUCACUCAGCUGAAAAGUGAAGCUGUAUCAGUGCUGUCUAAAUGGGAGACCAAGCUCCAGGACAAUCUGAAGGAAUACUUCAAGCAAACAGAGGGUCAUGUUUAUCUGGUUGAAAGAUACAGAGAGGAUUUUACCAACAGUGCAAAGAGCCUUCGACGAGAAUUAGAAAACUCUGUAAUUAACCAGCUCACAGCAGCAGCUGAUAUCAGACGGGGAAUGAAAGAACUGGAUGAAAUCAAGAAGAAUCACACAACAGUAAUACAGAAAGCAGUGUGUGAGUCAAUUAAUAAAUGUCGAAAGAAAAAAGUUGAGAUGACAGAAAUAGAGCUGGACAAAGAAUUUGAUGAGAUGUGGAAUGAAACACUGAAGAAACUGUCUUUUUUUGAACAAAAGCCUAAAGAUGUCUUCGACAGUGUCUCUCACUGUCUGAUAGCUAAUCUUUCAACAAAAGGGAGCCAUGCAUGUAAACUAUUGCAUGAAAAAAAGAUCAAAGAUUGUGGGUUGGAACCUUACAAAUGCAAAGCUGAUGGAACCUGGAAAAAAGUUAAAAAUGUAUUAACCACAUUGACCUUUAAAGAUUUUGUGAAGAUGAGACAACAAGAAGCUGACAGCAUCAUAGAUUCCUGCACUCAGUUUGUAACUGAAAAACUGGAAAGAAAAUGUGAUUAUCAUGACACUUACAUUCAGGAGAUCCUUCACAUCAUUGAUGAAAGUCUGAAAAAACGCACAGAUAUGAACAUAGAUACGGAGUUUGAGGUUUCUCUAAAACAGCACAUCUGUGGAUUUGCAGCCAGACGCUUUCAGGAAAUGCAUUUAGAGUUUCUACGUGUCAACGAUCCUCAUAGAUGUCUGGAUGAAAACAAAGAAAAGUUCCGAGAUGAUUUCCAAGAUGUGUUCCAUAAACGAGACCAGUGUCAGAAGAAGGCUGCAGAAUUCACAGAACAAUGUCUGAAGCCUGCUGUUGAGGACUUUGUCAACCGUUCCCUUGGUCCUGAUAUCGUUGAUGAAAUGCUGACGAAGGAGCAGUUCAGCACACGAAUGUCCUUCCAGUAUUCACUUUUACUGGAUCUGCUAUCAGAUGAUAAGUUUGAUGGUCUCUGCAGAUAUUGUUUUUCUUAUGAGAGUUAUGUAAAAGAAAAAAUUCUUCAACAAGUGAAAAAACAUUUCUCAAACAGCUCUGCAACGUUUAAGUUUGAGGACAGACGUCUGCAGUCAAUGAUCAACAGCAUAAAUGACGCCAUCAAACACACCAAAACAAAGAAGUGUGGUGACUUGAAGACAUUUGUUGAAGAAAUGUGCAAAGAACUUGGUGAUAAACUGGUCAUUUCCCAGGAUGCUCUUGGAGCUUUCAUGAUCCUGAACAAUGCGGACCAGGAUCAGUUUGCUCAUUGGCUCACAGUGUCUGUGGAGGACAUGGCAGAAACUCUCAGGAAGAAGUUUAAAAAUACAACCUUUGAAACAAAACUCAAACGUCUCCAUGUGAAUCCUCAGAAUGAGCUUUUCAACAGAGUGGUUGGUUGUGGCAAACAGUGUCCAUUCUGCAAAGUUCCCUGUGAUGCAGGAGGAGGAGCCCACACUUCACAUUUUGCUUCACUACAUCGACCAGAGGGUCUGGGUGAAUACAGGUUUACAACAACUGGAAAACUUGUCACUGACAUUUGCACAUCCUCUGUGCUCAGUGACAACAGAUUUAGCUGCAGUGCCACAAAAGGUAAAUAUCAUCCUUACAAGAAUUACAAAGAAAUUUUUCCAGACUGGAACAUUCCUCCAGAUUCCAGCCUUGAAGCAUCAGACUACUGGAAAUAUGUGAUGGCAAAAUACAACAAAGAUUUUGCCAAAGCAUAUGGUGCAGAACCUGCUGACAUUCCUGAUUGUUGGAGAAAGAUCACAAAAGAACAGGCAAAACAAAGUCUUAAAGAGUCUUUCACGAUUAAAUGAGACUAUUAUUCCUCCUAAACGACUUCUAGUCUCUAGAGGAAAACAUAGUGGAUCCACACAGAAGGCUCUUAUGUAUGGUUGUAUGAACACAAUUAGCCAAAAGUUUAAACACACUCCCAUUAUAUUUAAUGGAAAAGUGAGUCAAAAUGAUUAAAUGAUUAACUGAUUCUUGAUUCAGAAUUGAAAUGAUUUUCUGUCAUUGACAUUUGAUGACUAUUUGUCAUUUCAUUUCAUUUUGUUAAAAGAUUAAUGUUUUGGUGUAGAGUUUACGCAAAAGAAAGUUUUUAUUUUCAUCAAUAUACAAAUAUAAAGAUUUUUUUUUUUGUACCUGUCUUGAUAUAAAAUGUACUCAUUGAUAAAUAUUGGCAUAUUUGAAGGAUGGAAUUCUUAGUUUACUUUUUAAAUGUGCCACAGAAAACCCAGAGAAAUUCACUAUUAGUGCUCAUCUUAACCUGUGUUUGCAUUUGUCUUUAUAAGUAGGAAAAAAAUGCCACUCUGUUUAAUCGACAUAAAAUUGUUGUUGACAUAAAAUAAAAUCUGCUAUUAAGAAAAGCUUUUAUUGACUGUUUCAUUGAACAUAUAUAUAUAUAUAUAUAUAUAUAUAUAUAUAUAUAUAUACAUAUAUAAAAUAUAAAUGUGACUAAAUGUGAGAUGGGACACACUCCUAGAGACAAAGUUAAAGAAAAUGACAUCCGAAUGAAACUGAAACGUCUUAAUUUGAAGCCCCAGAAUGAGCUUUUGGCCAAACUGAUUGGUGACAAAUAGUCUCCUUUCUGCAAAGCUCCUUGUGAAGCAGGAGAAAAAGCCCACACUGAACACUUUGCUUCACUGCAUCAACCAACAGGUCAGGGUAGAUACACAUCCUUUUUCUCCUGUGAACUUGUAACUAAGAUAAUGCUAUCCUUUUGUGAUAACAAACAGGAUUUUUUGUUGUCAUUACACCUACCAUAGACCACACCUGUACAAGCACUACAAAAAAGUAUUCACAGACUGGAAAAUUGCCUCAGAUGUGAGUCUUGAGGCAUCCGACUUCUGGAAAUAUGUAAUGGCAAAGUACAACCAUGACUUUAGAAAAGAAUACAGUGCAAAGUCUGCCAAGAUCCCAAAAAGCUGGAACUAUAUCAUACAAAAACAGACAGAAGCAAGCCUUUAAGAGUCAUUUAACAUUAAGUGAAAUGUUUUACACUAGAAGAGGUGGACACCCUCCGUGUUUUAUUAAUUUCUAUCCCUUAGUUAUCUCAGCCUGACUUUACUUAUACUCUCUGAUAUGAAGAGAAAAUUGCAGAUGGCUGGAAAUAAGACAAUAUAGUUAAAGAUGUUUCCAUUACACAAUUACAUUUUGUCUUUUUUCUUCUUUUUUUUUCUUUUUUAAUGAGUGCCUUAAAGACAAGAUUUUAUUUGAUUUACUUACCAGUUUAUCUAUUUUUUUUUUUUUUUUUAAUGAAUCAACAAUGCCAUUAAAUUGAGUUAAACGGUUUGAUGUUAUGACUAAAGUCCCAGGCUCAAAUUAAAGCGGUGAUGAUAUUUUAUUUUUUGAAAUAUUGUAGAAUGAAGAAAUUGAUGAAAAUUACAUUUUAAUUAAAAUUAAUAAAAAAUAUUUUCUGUUAAAAAUAUGUUUUUGUUGUUUCUAUUGCUGCUACAUACAUUUUUACUAUGCUAAAAUAAUAACUUUCUGAAACUUAUCAGAAAAGUCUUAAAUCAUUUUAAUCUUGUAUCCUGUAAUCUUGUUCUAAAUGUUUUACUCUCUGUGUCUGAUUCCAUAAAAACAAAUGAUUCCUUUACAUUAUUGAAAUAAUAAAAAUGACCAGUUAUUGUAUGGUAAAUCUGGUAGUAUCGACAUAAUGCUACAUUAUAUACUCCUGUUAAGCAAGUGAAUAAAGAGAUAAAUCUGCA